CAGGAAAGGCCUGUCCAUAGUGCAGGUGAAGAUCCGCGGCGUACAAAUAUGCGCAUGCGCAGAGGUUUUAUGAGCCAAACAGAUGUGCGGGUACUUGGACAGGUGCACGCCUGUCACUAAUGCUGGUGCCAAAAGGGCUAUUUAAACUGGCUGCAGUAAAUGUCCCAUUGCCAUAUGGUCUUAUCCCUGCUUGUGUUUCCUGAUUCCUGUGAUUGUCUUCUGAUACAGAACCAGCUUGUUCCUGACCUCCGCUUGACCGCUACCUGCCCUGACCUCUGGCUUCCCUUGGAUUUACCCUUCUGUCUCCGCUCCUGUCUGAUUGAUCUUCUGCUGCUGACCUGGCCUGUGACCCGACUACUCUUCCUCCUGCAGCUUUAAGCCUGAUCUACCUGACCAAUACCGAACCCGGCUCGUCUGACCCUGCAUCCUCAGUACGCUGCUCUCGGGUAUCCAU